AUGAACGCCCAGAAUGGAGACCUCAGCUUAGAUUUCUUAAUGAGAAAAUCUCAGGAUGUUGCUGCCUUUCUUCCUGAUGAGCUAUCUUACCUCGUAGAAGCUUUCGCUCCUUCUCAGCCGGAACCAUCGCGCUCGAAAGCGUAUCUCGUGCUCUCUGCAUUCUGUCAAAGAACGCAUUCACAAAAUCCUCAGGAGUCUGGAUCCAACAAGUCUGCCACGGAAAUACUAGAGAAAGUUUUCCAGGAUCUUAUCAUCUCCCGUAUUUCCAAUCAUCAAGAGCAGGAUGCUAUAGUCAUUGGACUAUCUUUCUUCUCCGCGUUAUUCCACGUCGACUGGCAGUCCGCUUCUCGUGUUUUCGCGCAAGACGGCGUGGUGGAAUACGUGACAGAUGCCCUUGAUUUAUUUCCAUCAUCAGCUUCAGUUGCCUUAGAGGUCGCUCGUAUGAUUGGCCAGGCUAGUGGACACAAAGCAUGCCGGGCUCUGAUACCCGAGGAAAUUCUGACCUGGCUUGGGAACAAGUCACGUCAGGCUAUCGACAAAAACUUGCGCGCAGCAGCAGCUAUUGCCCUCGUAAAAUUAUCUCGAGGUGCGGCAACAGAUGCCUCAGAAGGCGCAGAUACGUCUCAGCUAGCGCCAUCUACCUCCAAGGAUAUGGAGCUAGCCAAUUUGCUAAAAGGAAUGGUCAUCAGUGAUAAGGAUUCUCUACCCUCCCUUAACGACGUUGUUGAAGGCCUUGCAUACCUCAGUGUUGACCCAAACGUCAAACAUACCCUAGCGAAUGAUCCCAAGUUCUUGCAGCAACUCUUUACACUUGUUCCUAGACGUAAAUCACUUCCAACAUCUACCAGUAAUUCUAGCCUCCUCUUUGGCAUUCUUCUUAUCAUAUCCAACCUCUGUGCCUACCGUCCUCGCCUCAGUCAGGAAGACGCGCAAGUCGCUAAGCUGAAACGCAUGGCUAAGGCUGGCAAUGGAUCUAAUAGGACGACGUCCGAGGAACCGCUAAAUGCAUUGGAAGAUGAUGCUACAGUUAGGUCCAGAUGUCGUCAAGCUCUUGCAAGUGGCGCCCUUGGUGUCUUGUCUGUAGCUUCUGGUGUAGAGAGCCAAGGCAUCAGACUUGCUCUGGGUAAAAUCUACCUAAGCAUCGUGGAGGACAAAGAUAACAGAGGCAAGGUCCUCCAGAGCGGAGGUGUACGAAGUCUUUCUCGUGUUAUACAGUCGUCGUACUCCACAUCGUCAUCCACAUCAAUUGAUACCUCCCUUCUCCCUGCAAUCCAAGCUUUGGCGAAAUUGACCAUCACGUCUUCCCCCCUUCAAGUCUUCGGGCCCACUGAUGGCGCUAUGCUUGAUGCAAUACGGCCCUUGUCACACCUGCUGCUGCAUUCAUCCUCGAACCUCCUGCAACAAUUCGAAGCCUUAAUGGCCUUAACAAAUCUUGCUUCACAGAGCACGGGGUAUGGCGGUUCUCCAGAUGUUCAUGCAACGAAGUCCAAGUUACAAGUACUUCUUGCGAUGUCGGACAUGGAUGACCUUCCAACGAGACUCGCUGCGUCGGGUGCUUUGGCAACAGUGACCAGCGCGUCUACUGCUUGCCAGGCAGUAUUUGAACUUCAGUUGGAUCGUCACCGAGCAUUUUCAGUUAUUGCACGUCUUAUUGACCCAUCUAUCACUCUGGAGGAUGACAACCCCGAUGACGAGGAAGCAGCCGGAAAUCCGGGGCUUGUACAUCGUGGAGUCGUAUGCCUUCGCCACAUUUUCGAUCCUCAGCACUCCCUCCCUCGUAUACCGCUCGCAGAGGAAGUAGAGAAGGCUGGUUUGGUGAAUGUCGUGGCCAGAUUGCUGAAAGGUGAAUUUGGAUCACUUGACACUGCCGUAACUACUCCUGCUGCUGAGGAACUUUAUAAUAGUUUAUUGAGGCAGAAUUGUGCUAUAUCUAAGAAGGCGGGCAAGAAGGCUGCCCCGAAGUCAGGUGGGGCAAAUAAAGUAGCCAAGGCAGAUUGGAAAGAAGGAUUCAAAAAGAAACAAGCUGGAGUAUCCGAUAUGACGCUUCUGACAACUAUCAAUGACAAUAGCAUUAAUGACAACCUUGAGAAGCGUUGGACUGUCGGAGAGAUCUACACUUACAUCGGCGGCGUAUUGAUAUCCGUAAACCCUUUUAAAGAUCUAGGAAUCUAUACGGAUGAAACCCUCCAGAAGUACAAGGGCAAGAAUCGACUCGAAGUUCCUCCACAUGUAUUCAGCAUCGCAGAAUCUGCAUACUAUAACAUGAAUGCAUACCACGAAAACCAAUGUGUUAUUAUAUCCGGCGAGUCUGGUGCUGGAAAGACCGAGGCCGCCAAACGCAUCAUGCAAUACAUCGCGGCUGUGUCAGGAGGGGAUGAUGGCAGUAUACAGGAGAUCAAAGAAAUGGUACUGGCCACCAAUCCUCUAUUGGAGAGCUUUGGUUGUGCAAAGACCCUUCGCAACAAUAAUUCAAGUCGACAUGGAAAAUAUCUGGAGAUCAUGUUUAAUACCCAUGGCGAGCCGAUCGGGGCUCAGAUAACAAAUUAUCUACUUGAGAAAGGCCGAGUAGUGGGACAGUUAGAGAACGAGCGCAAUUUCCACAUCUUCUAUCAGUUCACAAAGGCUGCUUCAGACGAGCAGCGAGAACAAUUCGGGUUGCAGGGCCCAGAUGCAUAUGUAUAUACCAGCAGGAGCCAAUGCUUGGAGGUUCAGGACAUCAACGAUUCAAACGACUAUGCGGACACACUGUCAUUCUAUGGCUGGGGAACUGUCGACUUCCAGGAGAUGGAUGAUGGAAAUUCGACCAUCUCUGACACUGAAAAGGUUCUGACGUCGAGAGUUGUUGAAACUCAGCGAGGGGGACGACGAGGUUCUGUUUACGAUGUUCCCCUGAAUCCCGCGCAAGCAACCGCUGGAAGGGACGCACUCGCAAAGGCGAUUUACAACAAUCUCUUCGAGUGGAUUGUUUCGAGAAUCAAUGUGUCGAUGAAAGCUCGAAGUGCCUCGGCACAAGUCAUUGGUAUCCUGGAUAACUCUUUCGAGCAAUUAUGCAUCAACUAUGUCAACGAGAAACUUCAGCAGAUUUUUAUCGAAUUGACACUUAAGACCGAACAGGAAGAGUACGUCAGGGAGCAGAUCAAGUGGAAUCCCAUCAAAUACUUCAACAACAAGAUUGUCUGCGAUCUCAUUGAAGAGCGCAAACCCCCUGGAAUAUUUGCUGCUUUAAACGACGCUUGCGCAACAGCGCACGCCGAUCCAGCCGCGGCAGAUAACAGUUUCGUCCAGCGGACGGCCAUGUUGUCUUCCAAUGUCCACUUCGAGGCCCGGGGAUCUCAGUUUCUGGUUCGCCACUAUGCUGGAGAUGUCAUGUACAACAUCGCGGGCAUGACAGACAAGAACAAAGAUGCACUUGUGAAGGAUCUUUUUGAUUUGGUUGGUAGUAGCAACAACCAGUUCCUUCAGAUAUUGUUCUCCGACAGACCCGAUCCCUCAAGCAAGAAAAGACCGCCCACUGCUGGUGACAGGAUCAAGGCGUCGGCAGGUGCUCUCGUGGAUAAUUUGAUGAAAGCUCAGCCUUCUUAUAUCCGAACAAUCAAACCGAACCAGAACCGUAGCCCGAGUGAAUAUAAUACCAAGGCCAUCCUGCAUCAAAUCAAAUACCUUGGAUUACAAGAAAAUAUUCGUGUACGUCGCGCAGGAUUUGCGUAUAGGAACACCUUCGAAAAAAUGGUGGAACGCUUCUACCUUUUGUCACCUUCAACGUCGUACGCUGGUGAAUAUACAUGGCAGGGAGAUGCGAAAUCUGGUUGCGAGCAAAUUCUCAAGGACACAGGGAUAGCCAAGGACGAAUGGCAGAUGGGGGUUACAAAGGCCUUUAUCAAGAAUCCAGAAACACUGUUUGCGUUAGAGACUAUGCGUGACCGCUAUUGGCAUAAUAUGGCGGCACGUAUUCAGCGAGCCUGGAGAAAUUACUGGCGCUAUAAGAAUGAGUGCGCUAGGCGCAUUCAGAGGUUUUGGAAGAACAACAAAGAAGCCCUCGAAUAUGCCAAAGUCCGCGACUACGGUCAUCAGGUAUUGGCAGGAAGAAAAGAACGCAGACGUUACAGUCUCCUCAGCUAUCGCCGUUUUCUGGGCGACUAUCUUGAUGUCAAUGGCAAGAACAUCGUUGGAUCUGACCUGCGCUCUGCCUGUGGUCUUGGUACGGAGCAGGCUACAUUCAGCUCGAAAGUGCAAAUAUUGGUGUCCAAAUUUGGUCGGUCCAGCAAACUUAGCCCACGUUUCCUUGUAGUGACUGCAAAAGCUGUGUACAUCGCGGCCACUUCUCAGAAGGAUGGUCAGAUACAAACCUCACUUGAACGCAAAAUUCCCUUGGUAACAAUCAGAAGGAUGAUUGGCUGGUUGGUCCUCCUAUCCAUCCUUGGCGCAUCGCUAACUCCAUAUCAGGCAUUGAAUUGCAAUGCCUCUGAAGAGGGUGAUCCAAUUCUUCAUUGCUAUUUCAAGACGGAGUUGACCGCAAAUCUUCUUACACUCACGCAAGCUAGUAUCAACGUCUUGAUUGGCCCGUCGAUCGAAUAUGCGAAAAAGAAGGACAAGAAGGCACAGAUCCAAUUUGUCAGGGACGAGACGAUUACAAAAGAUGAUGUAUACAAGAGCCACGCUGUGCACGUCCCGUCUGGUGAACCUCCGUCGAGCACCUCUCGACCUGCUGCAAGAAGAAAACCUGGUAUUGUUAGACCCAUCACCCAAGGAAAGCUCCUUCGCGCUGGCGGCCCCUCGGAUAAAGGGAAGACAUCCAGGCCGAAGCCAGCCACUCAACCACUGCCAGGGAAAUCUGCACAAUUUGCUGCCAUCAGGCCAACACCGGUGGCGCCUCCUAAAUCAGCCCCUUCGCCUCCUACUCGUAAUCCAGUUCCGCCGCCGCCGCCCAAUGAGCCCGAGGUUGAAUUAUACAAGGCAAAGUUCGCUUUUGAGGGUCAAGAAGGCGAGAUAUCUUUGAAGAAGGAUGAUACCGUGGAACUGGUUGAGAAGGAUGACAAUGGGUGGUGGCUUGUAAGGAAAGAUGGGCAAGAGGGUUGGGCCCCAAACAAUUACCUAGAACUUGUGCCACCAAGACCUAAAGGGGCACCUGCCGCACGCUCCCCUCCACCUCGACCACCGCCACCACCUUCAGUUCCGCUAGCAGUCGUUGCCGCUCCUAUCCCCACUCCAGCUUCAAAACCAACUGUUUCCGCCAUGUCUGUGAAGUCAGCAGAUGCGUCAGCUAAGCCCGUGGCUGUCUUCCCUGGCCUUGCGCCAUCGAAUGGCUCCGCAGCGCCUUGGAAGAAGCCUGCAGCUGUAUCAGCUAAUGGGUCAUCAAGCAGUACACCUGCAAGCUCUCGCCCUUCGAGUUCAUUAGGAGUAAAACCUCCUCCAGUGGCUACUAAACCUAAACCUGUGCCACCACCUGUCGCAUCGAAACCAAGCGGUGGCAAGCCACCUCCUAAGCCACCUAUACCCACGGCCCCACGAGCAGGUGCCGGCGCUGCGCCACCGAAGAUUUCUAAACCUAGUGCACCUGCUGGUCAGAUGGACUUGGCUGCUGCGCUCGCGAAACGUGCACAGAAGAUAGCUGAUGAGUGA